AUGAAGUCCUUCCUCAACAAGGCCAAGGCGGCGCUCGACGAUGUGAAGCAACAGCGUUUCCCACCUCAAGUCGACGGACCUCCUGAUCGACCUUCAGCAUCCUCAUCGAUACAACCUCCGACGUAUGCAGACGUAAUCAAGUACCGAUAUCACCAUGGCACGAAUUUGGGUUCUGUGUUUGCGCUGGAAAGGUGGCUUACGGGGAGUAUGUUCCGGGAUGAGUUUCAGGGCUCGAGCGAGCUUGUUGCUGCUGAGGGGUGGGUGAAGCAUGAAGGCAUUGAAAAGGCACGGGAGCGAUUUGAGCAGCACUGGAAGAACUACUGCAGCGACGCGAAUCUCGAAUGGCUGAGGUGCCAUUCUGGAUGUACGACUAUCCGACUACCGAUAGGGUACUGGACCCUGGGCCCGGCCUAUUGCGAUCACGCGCCUUUCAAGUCGGUGGGACCUAUCUACGAACAUGCUUGGGCUAUGGUUAAGGAUGUUGUGAAGCGGUGUCAUGAUCGAGGCAUGGGCGUUGUGCUAGAUCUGCAUGGCGUACCCGGAGGAGCUAACAAAGGCGAUCAUUCUGGAACCAACAGUGGCAAGGCCGAGUUCUGGGACUCUCGUAAGAACAGAAAUCUGGCAACUCGCUGUCUUUGCUUCAUCGCGCAGCAAGCCAAGUCCAUGGAAGGCGUUGCAGGUAUCCAAGUCGUCAAUGAAUCGGAGUACAAUGCUCCUCAUAUGUACGAAUGGUACGAGGAAGUCCACAAGGAGUUGUCUAGUAUCGAUCCUACCAUGCCCAUCUACAUCUCCGAUGGUUGGGAUCUCAGCCGAUGUGCUGCAUGGACCCAGCAAAAGAACACCGUACAAGCACACAAUGCGAGCCCGCUUGUGGUCGACACCCAUCUGUACUGGGCGUAUACAGAUGAGGAUCACAAGAAAUCGCCUCAGCAGAUAACCGGCGAAGUCUGGAGCAAACUCGCUGAGCAUGAGCUGAAGGAUGGGAGUGUCCUUGACAGAGGCGCUGUGCAGGCGAUCGUCGGCGAAUACAGUACUGCUUUGGACGGCACUUCGUGGUCACUUGCUGGAAACCAGAAGUCUCGCGACGACCUCACCCGAGAGUUUGGCAAUGCCGAGUCGUGGCGGUUCCAGCAGCGCGCCGGCGGAAGUUUCUUCUGGACCUAUGUCAUGGACUGGAUGCCAGGUGGUGAUUGGGGAUUCAAGCACUUGACUGAGCAGAAUGCUAUCAUCAGACCCAAGUCAUUGGCAAUGGAGACCGCCCAUGUUCAGCCUGCAGUCCAGAGAGCGCAUGCCGAGAAAGAUCACCGUAGAGGGACGACGUGGGGUACCCAUUGCCAGUAUUGGGAUACAAACCAUCCAGGCCACUACGAGCACGAGCGCUUUCCUCAAGGUUGGGAUGUGGGAUUCCAUGAUGCCAUGGCCUUCUUCGAGAUGCGUAGUAAGCAGAAUCACAGCGGCACGGACAAGAUUGGAAUGCUCGACCUAUGGAUCCUGAAGCGGCUGCGCGAGAGCGGGCAGAGCGGGAAGUUUGUGUGGGAGUUUGAGCAGGGCAUGAGGCAAGGUGUUCGUGACUUUUAUGAGGUCGCUGGUAUUUGA